AUGGCCACGUUGGAGAGAAAACAGAUGAUUUUGACAACGUACAUGGCGGUUUUGGCUAUGGAGAACGGAAAGAAGAUGGCAACUGCAUCCUUGAGUUUACUGGAAGUCACGGGUCCUGUAGAUCACGUCAUUUAUUUUGUUAGUGAUCUUGUACCGAUCAUUCCAAUUUCUAAGGAGUUUCGCAGGGUAUCGCCUUUUUAUGUGCCGCAUAUUGUACAACCAGAUCAGUUAUCCUGCGAUGAGAGACUCAUCCUCAUUAGCAAUGAAUCCGUCGUUGAUGUUAUCAUCCAGGUUGACGAGAACCAAGCUUUUCUUCCAGAUGGUAUUUCUAUAGGAAUACUGAAAAAAGCUUUUCUGUUCUAUCAUGCUUAA